UGUGUCGUCCGACUUCAUCAACCGACAUGGCCAACGCCUCCUCCAAGCGCAUAGCCUCGGCCAACGCCUCCGCGCUCCAAGGCCUCGUCCGCAACCUGGUGCUCAUCAAUGCGCUGGCGCUCGCCGUCCGCUGGAUGAAGGCGCGGCACUAUGUCCGGCCGCUGAUCCCCGGCGGCUUCGUGCUCUUCUUACACAUCGUCGGUAUCGGCGCGAGCGUGGCCAUCUGGCGCUGGUUCGCGGCCAUCGGCACGCCGGGGCGCGAUGCCAAGGGCAAUGUGCGCGUCGGCGACGACCUCGCCGGCGGCGGGGUUAUCGAGCUCGCGUGGGACGUCAUCUACAUGACCUGGAUCUGCACCCUCGGCUCGGCGCUCUUCGGUAACUGGGUCUGGUGGGCAUACCUCGUCAUCCCCGCAUUCGGCGCCUACAAGCUCUUCAACUUUGCCCGCCCUUUCCUCGGCAUGUUCCUCCCUGGCAUCUUUGGCCCCCGUCAGCCCCGCGCAGAGGGCGGCGCCGAGCCCGCCGCCGGCGCUGCUGCCGACGAGCCGGCAGAGUCCAAGCGCCAGGCCAAGCUCCGCGCCCGUAUGGAGAAGGGCGACAAGCGUGUCCAGCAGAAGCAGGUCCGUGCGGCGCGAUAGGCAUGGUGUGGAUGUGAUGCAUUGCCGUGCUGCCUGAUGGCAGGGUUGACGUUGAGUUCAGUGAAGAGACGCAGUCAGGCAGUCAGACGGCUACCCAGGAGGUCUGCCUCCAACUCUAUGGCUCGCUCCACCACAUGCCUCUCCUCUCACGGCUCACAAACA